AUGCUGAGGCUUCCUCAUACACUGGUCAGCCUGGCUGUGCAGCAAGAAAGUUCUCCAGGAACCAGUAUCUCUAUCACCUUGACCCACAAAAUGUGGUCAGGUUACCACUUAGUUAUUAAGGGAUAUUCACAAAGACGUUUUCUUGUGUUACUCUGUUUUCCAGAACUCCUUUCUCCAAGUUUGGACUCAGAAACAAAAGUGGUCAUGAGGGGUCAAAAUGUAUCGCUAAUUUGUUCCAACCAGAACAAAUCACUACAGAUCACCUAUUUUUUGUUUUGGCGUGAGAAACACCUGAGAACCCAUGAUGGGAAAAGUGAACCCAUGAUUUUUAACCUAAGCAUCUCAGAAGCCCAUGAGCUGGGCCCCUACAAAUGCAAAGCCCAAGUUUCUAACUGUUCAGUGGUCAAAUACAGUCGCGAGUUCAACUUCGUAUUUGUGGGUGGAGACGGCUGUCCCUUCUGCCUGCAGCUACUGCUUCCGGGGUUAUUGCUGGUGCUAAUCGUAAUAAUCUUGGUUCUGGCAUUUUGGAUACUACCAAAGUACAAAGCAAGAAAAGCUAUGAGAGAUAAAGCACCCAGAGACUAUGGAAAUACGGCCAGGGAAGUUAGAAUAUACGCAAAUAUCUGUGAAAAUCAAGCAGGUGAGGAAUCUGCGCGAGGCUUGGAGCCAAGGCAGUGUGUUCCCACAGCCCAAGAUGGAACUGGGUGCUCCCAGGGGAUACUCUAUGCUACCCCUGUGUUCCAGAAGGCGGCACCAAGAGUUCAUGAAGCCUGUAAUGAUUGUAAAACUGGAUAUAUCUAUUCUGAACUCAUCUUCUGAAAUUUAAAGAUACAAGCUACAUCUCAGAUUAAGAUCCUUUUUAUAAAGCUGAUUUAUAUGAAGAAAAGGCAAAUGUGAUUGAUACUCAAAAAUAUGUCACUGGCGACCUAAAGUGAAUUACUAUUUUUCAUGAUUAAACACCAUUCCUUUGGCCUAUUUGGGUACAUCCAAUCCUGUCAUCAGGCAACAGUUUUGUCAGGUGGGAUCCUGACUGGUGACCGUUUUUAAAUGCUUCUGCCAUUUUUAGGCAUGGACCAUUCUCCCCAUUGCCACAUCACUGAAAAAAAGAGGAAUUGCCAGACCACUGUGCUCUUCGUAAGUGGAUCCUGGGGGCAGAAUAGCGAUCACCUUUCCAGGGUCCCCAGCACCAUGCCCACCGAAGGUUCAGAGGAAAAAAACCAUGUCUAAAUUCUAAAACAAAAACUGGUGACCUUGAAAAUAUGUCUGAAGAAAAGAGUCCCAGUAGUUACGAGAGGAAAAUGAGAUUAUUCACCAAGGACACAUUUAUUAUCCAUCGCUAUUUCAAUUUGCUCUCAGAUUUUGGAAGGCUGCAAAAAUAUUUAUAUUGAUUUUCGUGGAUGUUCUCAGUCCUCAAAACUUAGCUAAUGUCAAAGGCAUGCCUUUAUGUGCUGCAUUUCCCAUCGGCAUUCUGUAGAGAGAGUAGUGUUCUGUGGGAGACAGGAGAAUGGAUUACUUUGACUGUCUUCACAAAUCACCACAAACUGGUGGCUUAAGACAACAGAGAUUUAUUUUCUCAGAGUUCUGGAGGCCAGAAAUCUCAAAUCAAGAUAUCAGCAGGGCUGUGCUCCCUCCAAAGACUCUAUGGGAGAAUCCUUGCUUGUCCCUUUGUUUCUUAUGCUUCCUGGUGUUCCUGAGCUUGUGGCAACAUCUCUCCAAUCUCCGCCUCUGUCUUCAUAUGGACUUCUUUUCCUUUGCCUUUCUUUUAUAAGGAUACUGGUCAUUGGAUUUAGGACCCCUCAUCUCAAGAUCCUUAAUUAUAUCUACAAAGACAUUUUUUGUUUUUAAGAUUUUGUUUAUUUAUUUGAGAGAGAGAGCGGGGAGAAGCAGAGGGGGAGGGAGAGGGACAGGAAGAGCAUGCGAGCCCAACACAGGGCUUGAUCCCAGGACCCCAAGAUCAUGACCUGAGCUGAAACCAAGAGUCAAAUGCCCAACCUACUGAGCCACCCAGGCACCCCCUUUUUCUUUUUAAGAUCUAUUUAUUUAUGAGAGAGAGAGAGCUGGGGGAGGGGCAGAGGGAGAGAAUCCUCAAGCAGACUCCCCACUGAGUGCGGAGCCUGACACUGGGCUCAAUCCCAGGACCCUGAGAUCACGACCUGAGCCAAAAUUAAGAGUUGGCCACUUAACCAACUGAGCCACCCAGGCACCCCUCUGAAGACCUUUUUUUCAAAUAAGGUGACGUUCACAGGUUGCAGGAGUUAGGACAUGGACUUAUCUUUUUGGGGAGCCACCAUUCAGACCACUACAGGGGUGGGUCAAAAUGAUAUCUGGUUUAAAUCUCUCAUCCUAGGUGUUAUUAGUAAAGUCCAAUAAAAGCCAAGAUGCAUUUGUAGGGUUCUAGAUGAACAAAACAACUUGGCCCAAAUUUUUCUGCUCUGCUCUUCUUCUGGGGGUUGCUUGAACCUCAGUCUUAAUAGUUCCCAACAGUGGACCUCUGACUAGAAAAAUCAUAGCUACCAGUUACUAGACACUAACUGUCUAGCAUCCUACAGGGGGAUAUUAUUAUUUUGCUUUUACAGGUAAGGAAACUUAGACGCAGAUGGGGUAAGUGAUUUCACAAGGUCACUCACAGCUUAGUAGUGGUUGAACUGGGAGUUAAAUCCUAGCAAAGAUCAGCAGAAGCACCGGCCAUGGGAAUGCCUCUCCAGGGUGGGAAGGGAUACUGUGCACACAGGUCCAGAUUAAUUUGAGGAUUUUGUUGCCAUAAAGCAGCAUUCAUGAGCAUAAUUUCUGCCCUUUCUCUGUUGACAUUUUUAUUUGGGGGGAAAUCAGUGUGUCAUAGAGGCUAAGAAAGUAAGGGUUCCAGAGUCAGACAGACUGAACAUAAUUUAGGCUCAGUCAUGUCUUAACUCUGUGACUCUGGAUAAGUUACGGGCUUCAGUGUUAUUCACUUGGGGGGACGGAGAAAGGGAGGGGUCCAUAAUGCUGGUAUUAUUAUGGAGCUGCAGUGAUAAUUAACUCAGGUAAUGAAUGUAAAGGGCUUGGAACAGGGCCAGGCAUAUAAUUUAAAAAAAAAAAAGGCUAUUUGAGGUAUGGUGCUUACUCUGCGUCCUACUAAUUGGCUGCUCCCCUUAGAAAUCUUUAAUAAGUCUUUGAGGUCUUAAACUUGGUAACUUGGUCACCAUUGGCUGCUUCUUCUGUCUUGAGGUCCCUCCGGAAGCAGAGCCUGAGACAAGGACUUGGAUGCAGGUAGCCUAUGUGGCAGGUGACCUCAGGCAGCAGGAGUGAGGGUGCAGGGCAGUAAAACAGGGAGGAAAAGUCAACACCAGGGUGGGGCGGGGCUAGCAAGCUCCAGACCAUAAUGGUAAUUGGAUUUGAUCCAGUUAAGACCUUCUGAAGUUUUGAAGUCCAGAAUGCCUCUGGGUUUCACAGCAUGCCCUGAAUCAAUAGUCUCUCAUUUUCUCCUUGCAAAGCUUUUAAAGCAGUUAGUAGAAGCCAACUUCUACUCCACAAUCCAGAUAAUUACCAUUGCCCUGUGCCUUUCAAGUGCUAAAACCAUUGCAGAGCCCAGUGCUGCACUUUCUACCUCUGCCUCCAUCCGCACUGCUGAGGAAGAUCUUAAUAAUUAUAAAGUAAUUGCGAAGCUAUGGCGUGUAAAGGUUAUCACCACCCUCCUCACCAGCCCCUUACAACAUCGCCUGUUGCUAUCCAUCCAAGGAGUAAAUCCGUUUCCUAGGGCUGCUUUCUAGGGCCUUCUGAUACCCUGUCUUAUCCUGGACUGGCCCUGAAAGCAGAGCCUGAGAUAAGGAUUUGGGGCAACUAAUUUAUCUGGGAGGUGACCCAAGGGAACAAGCAUAAGGGACUGGAGGAAAAGCCAGUACCAGGGCGUACUUUUGAGCUGGGCACUUCUAUGGACAACUGGGGAUUGAUCCCACUGGAACCUUCAGAGAAACGAGAAAAUGUCUCUCAGAACUGUCUUCUUGAGGACCUCUCCGUUGGCUUUCAUCCCUGAUUGGCUGAGGGUUGACCCAGGAGGUGAUGCCUCCCCCACUGCUAGUGCAUGUGGACAUUCCAAGCUGGCAUCUCACCCAGGGCGCUGCAACGCAUCGGGGCAGAAAAUGGGGGCAUGUGUUGUACACUUGAAGCAAGAUGCUGUCGACACAAAGUGAAUGAAGUCUCAGCGGCAGCUGGAAUCGGAGGUGAGGCCCAGGGGAUGUGAUGCAAGAUACGGAGGUGGCGGGUACACCAUCUCCCAAGAAUUCCUCUGUGACAACAAUGGCUGCCACGUGUGCAGCACGUACCAGGGUGCAGGUGCUGUGAAGUGCUUUGUGUACUCAGGCUCGUGUAGUCCUCACGACUCCAUCCUCACCCAGCUGCGACUUCCUGUGGCUGCCCACUCUACCUGAUCCCCCCUGCGCAGAUGUUCGGGCUUUCGGAUUGAAUUGUUCAGGAAGAAGAGAAAAAGGAAAGGGAAGAGGUCUACUGGACGCCUGGGUGGCUCAGUCGGUUGGGCGACUGCCUUCGGCUCAGGUCAUGAUCCUGGAGUCCCGGGAUCGAGUCCCACAUCGGGCUCCCUGCUCGGCGGGGAGUCUGCUUCUCCCUCUGACCCUCCCCCCUCUCAUGUGCUCUCUCUCAUUCUCUCUCUCUCAAAUAAAUAAAUUAAAAAAAAAAAAGAAAGAAAGAGGUCUACAGAGUUUUCCUUUCAAUAGCUACAUUUUUGUCAUGUCUGUUUCAGCUUCACUUUGGGUCUUUUUCAAAUCCAGAUUCUUUACAUUUUUUGUUGUGAAAUAGAGCACACAUUAUAAGAAAAUGCAUUAAAAUGGAUAUGGACAGCUUGGUAAGUUAAUACGGAGUGAACACUGCCCACGGCCUGGACACCCUCUGCAUGCCUCUUCCCACUCACGAACCCACCUCCCCGCCUUCACUACUCAUUUAAGGGGAUCGAUUCUUUGCUUGUCUUUAUAGUUUUACCACCAAGUAUGCAUUCCUGAAUACCGUCUUUAGUUUUGCCUGUUUUUGAAUUUCAUAUAAAUGGAAUCAUAUAGCAUUUAUUCUUGUGUCGGGCUUCUUUUGCUCAACAUUAUAUUUGUGAGGGCGCCUGGGUGGCUCAGUCGUUAAGCGUCUGCCUUCGGCUCAGGUCAUGAUCCCAGAGUCCUGAGAUCGAGUCCCACGUCGGGCUCCCUGCUCAGCGGGGAGCCUGCUUCUCCCUCUGCCUCUCUCUCUCUCUGCCUCUUAUGAAUAAAUAAAUAAAAUCUUUAAAAAAAAUAACGUAAAAAACAAAAACAAAAACCAUUAUAUUCGUGAGAUUUAUCCAUGUUGCUGCAUGUAGUUGUAAUUACAUCUUCCGUUACUAAAUGGUAUUCCACUGUUGGAAUCUACCAUAAUUUAUCUAUUCUACAGCUGACACACAUUUGGGCCGUUGUCAACGUGGGGCUAUUGCAAUUAUGCGGCUGUGACCACCCUUAAGCUAGGAACAUGUCUGCUGCUUCCCAACUGCAUGCAACCAUGCUGAAUAU